GUCUUUGUUUCAACUUCUCUGGACAUUCCUUCCGGUGCGUCAAUUCAACAUGGCAGCGCCCGUUACUCUGGGAGGGAUAGUGGAGCAAAACAUCACUGAAACGGGACAAAUAUUACCAGAAUCCACAUCUGGAGAACUGAAAAGACCUCAGUUUGGAACCCGUUUCCUAACAGACCCACGUCAAGUUUUUCAACAUAACGCAUGGGACAAUGUGGAGUGGACAGAGGAGCAAGAGGCAGCUGCCAAGAAGAAGGUCCAGGAAAACAGUCAGCCCCUCCCUCAAGAGAAGCAAGAGGACUUUGACUGCAGGGCGAACGAGUACUGGAAUGAAUUCUACACCAUCCAUGAGAAUCGCUUCUUCAAAGACCGCCACUGGCUCUUCACAGAGUUCCCUGAGCUGGCCCCACAGUGUCGUCUCAACCAGGACUCCUGUAUUGGGGACCAUAGAGCUGAGGACAGUGAACCACAUGGUCUCGAACAGAGUCAGGGCCAAACCAGUGAAGUCGCCCCUCUGGCCACUGUAGAUGGUGACUUCCCUGGAUCCAGUGCCAUGUAUCGCAUACUGGAGGUUGGCUGUGGUGUUGGCAACACCGUCUUUCCCAUUCUGAAGACCAACAAUGACCCUGGGCUGUUUGUCUACUGCUGUGAUUUCUCCAGCACCGCUGUAGAGCUGGUCAAGGCUAAUUCAGAGUAUGACCCCGGGCGCUGCUAUGCCUUUGUUCAUGACCUGGGUGAUGAGGGAGCUAUUUACCCUGUCCCAGACGCCAGCAUGGGUGUUAUAGUGCUCAUCUUCGUGCUCUCAGCCCUGCAUCCUGACAAGAUGCAAGCCUCCAUCAGCAGACUGGCUCGGCUGCUGAAGCCUGGAGGAGUGCUGCUGCUCAGGGACUAUGGGCGCUAUGACAUGGCACAGCUACGCUUCAAGAAAGGAAGGUGCUUGUCAGAUAACUUUUAUGUCCGGGGUGAUGGAACACGAGUCUAUUUCUUCACACAAGCCAUGAUGGAAGAACUGCACAGCCUGGACCCGCGACGCCAGGAGCUGCUGGAGGCUCGCUUCACCGGGGUCGGCGUGGCUAAGGGUUCAGGCCACAAUGAGUCAUCCAAUCAGAGCCUGUGCAGCGUGGGCUCUCUCAGUGACAAAGAGCUGGAGACCCCAGAGAAAAAGCCCAACGAUCAGAGAACGAGGAAGAGGAAAGCAGAGCUGUACGACAGCAGCCAAGGGAAAGGAGGAGCAAGGGGACAGAAAAUUAGUGAUUAUUUUGAGUUUGCGGGUGGUAGCGGUCCUGGUACCAGUCCUGCCAGGAGUCUCCCUCCAGUUGUCCGCUCCUCCCCACAACAUCACUCCCUCUCCAACCCCCCAGGCACGAUGCAGCAGGGCAGCCCAUCCUCUAUGGGUUCAGCCAACACAGAGCACUCAUCCUGUUCCCUAAAGCCUGUCUCCCUCUACAUGAACCACAAAGCCACACAGUCUGACCUGACGGUAGAGAAGCUAACUGCUAUGGAGAACAACAAAAACUCUGACCUGGAGAAGAAGGAGGGGAGGAUAGAUGACUUACUGCGGGCGAACUGUGACCUUCGAAGGCAGUUGGAUGAGCAGCAGAGGAUGCUGGAGCGGUACAAAGAACGCUUGAACAAAUGUGUGACCAUGAGCAAGAAGCUGCUGAUUGAGAAAUCGAAGCAGGAGAAGAUGGCGUGUCGUGACAAGAGCAUGCAGGAUCGUCUACGUCUGGGUCACUUCACCACCGUCCGACAUGGUGCCUCAUUCACAGAACAGUGGACCGACGGAUAUGCCUUUCAGAACCUUAUCAAGCAACAGGAGAGGAUCAACUCCCAGCGAGAGGACAUAGAGAGACAGAGGAAGGCCCUGGCCAAGAGGAAACCGCCCUCAAUGGCCCAGACCCCGCCCCUUAGCCUGGAGCAGAACAAACGCAAGAGCAAGGCCAACGGAGCCGAGAGCGAAGCGUUAUCGCAGGCCGAGUAUCACGAACAAGAGGAGAUUUUCAAACUAAGACUGGGCCAUCUCAAGAAGGAGGAGGCAGAGAUCCAGGCUGAGCUGGAGAGGUUGGAGCGAGUACGGAACCUGCACAUCCGCGAGCUCAAGAGGAUCCACAACGAGGAUAACUCCACGUUCAAAGACCACCCUACGCUAAACGACCGGUACCUACUGCUCUAUUUACUAGGCCGAGGUGGCUUCAGUGAAGUUUACAAGGCCUUUGACCUAACGGAGCAGAGAUACGUCGCAGUCAAAAUCCACCAGUUGAACAAGAACUGGAGGGAUGAGAAGAAAGAGAACUACCACAAACACGCAUGUCGAGAGUAUAGAAUCCAUAAGGAGCUGGACCACCCACGGAUAGUCAAACUCUACGACUACUUUUCACUCGACACAGACUCGUUCUGUACGGUUCUAGAGUACUGUGAGGGGAACGACCUGGAUUUCUACCUGAAGCAGCACAAGCUGAUGUCGGAGAAGGAGGGCCGCUCCAUCAUCAUGCAGAUGGUCAACGCCCUCAAGUACCUCAACGAGAUCCGCCCACCCAUCAUCCACUACGACCUCAAACCUGGCAACAUCCUCCUGGUGAAUGGCACAGCCUGUGGGGAGAUCAAGAUCACCGACUUCGGCCUGUCCAAGAUCAUGGACGACGACAGCUACAACUCAGUGGAUGGGAUGGAGCUGACCUCGCAGGGUGCAGGGACCUACUGGUACCUUCCCCCUGAAUGCUUUGUGGUGGGUAAAGAGCCUCCUAAAAUCUCCAACAAGGUGGACGUGUGGUCAGUGGGAGUCAUCUUCUACCAGGCUCUGUACGGACGCAAGCCCUUUGGCCAUAACCAGUCUCAACAGGACAUCCUGCAGGAGAACACCAUACUGAAGGCAACAGAGGUUCAGUUUCCCCCCAAACCAGUGGUCACCCCAGAAGCUAAGGCCUUUAUAAGGCGCUGUCUGGUCUACCGGAAGGAGGACCGUAUCGAUGUGCACCAGCUAGCCAGUGACCCCUUCCUCAUGCCUCACAUCCGCAAGUCUGUGGCCACGUCCGGGGCCUCUGGCACGGCUAUACCUUCCACCUCCAGCUCCUCCAACAGCAGCGCCUCAAACUGAGCCUUCACUAUCUAUCUCACUACGAACUGACUGACCUGAGUGGAAGGUGGAGGUGGGGGUGGCUGCCUGAUUCAGCCCCCUCAUCACUUCCCAUCCUGUUAUGUCCCACCAUGGGCUCAGCACCCCAGAGAAACCUCUGGGGUGCAGGCAGGGGGAGCUUGAGGAAUCAUGGAUGAGGUGGAGGGGAGAGAGGUGGGGUAAUCAGUGUUCCAACCUGGAGCCCUCCAUGUCCACCCACCCAGCUUCCCUGUCUCUCCCUCCCCUGAGGGGUGGUGUUGUUCUGGGGGUCAAAGCCCUAGGGUCCCCCCACAGUGUGGAGGGGGACAUGGCACUGAGCUGAGGAGAAAUGGGAAAAUUCAACCAUUUUAAGAUUGAAAGAAUGGAACAGGGCUGCAUUAGCUUUGAGAAAUGGAAGGGACUGUUGGAAGACUCUGUUUUCCAUCUCAUACACACACACACACACACCCACCCACCAUGCCUCGGAGUCGUCCCAGAUGCUCUGGGUUCUCCUUUUGAUAAAUGCUUUGGUUGUCAUCCAACCCCCUCCCCUGACUGACAGUACCAGUCUAGCCUGCCUUUAGACUGUACCUGAACAAGACCUAUGGCGUUCAUUAAUUUAAGCCACUCUCCUGGGUCCAGGUAGUUUUUGAAUGGAGGCAUACCCACCCCCCCUGUCUGUUUUAAAUCCUGUGACCAAAGCUUAAGACUUCCAGAUGGUGGCACUGUUCCGCUGCAGUUUUUAUAUUGGUUCUAGUUGUGUUACAUGAUAUAUGACGUGGAAAACUAAUGAAUGGUCCCUUUUUUAAAGAAUUGUUACUUACAUUUUCCCAAUUUUAAGGAAAAAAAAGCAAUUGGUGGUUUUUAAAUUUCUUUCAUUUUUUUUUGCCCUAUUCUCGUUUUAGUAAUUCCCUUCAUAAAAACAUAUUUAUUUAGGUCUGUUUUAAUGAAUUUUUUGCCAAUAAAAUGCAAGGGACUGGUUUACUCAUUGUACUGUUGGGAGGAGAUUGGGCCUUAGCAGAGAAUUGCAUAACCCAUUAAAUACUAUUGGUUAAACUGUG